UCAAGAGAUGGAAGAGACGGAUUCUUACGGUGAUAACUCCAAUACUGAGUGCAGACUGCCUACAUUGAACACUGAAACUGUUCCCAUAUUUUACCCAGUCAUGAACUACAUUGCCAUUGCUGUAAUCUUUGGUUUGGUGAUGUUAGCAGACACGAUCAUAGGAACCCCUUAUGCCCCAAAUGAAGAAGAACAGCUUGAAGAAUACCGAGAAAAAUUGCAACAGAUUUUGCCUUUUGCUCAUAAGAGAGCUUGUAUUGCUCGUGGGAGAAGCUGUGAUGUUCGUCCAAACUCUUGUUGUGGGAGUUCCUCUUGUCGUUGUAACCUGUGGGGCACCAACUGUCGAUGUCAAAGACAAGGUCUCUUCCAAAGCUGGGGCAAAUAAACUGAUCAUCUAAUGGAACUCAUGGCUCUUCGACUAGUAACCCGGUCGCUCAAAUUUCUGAUUCGUUUCUUGAUGUUGGAAUAUAUCAUCUGGCCUUUUUUAAUUUUAAUAGCUCUUAUGAGGACUUAAUGAUAACCAAAUAUGAAUGUUGAUGAUUUACUAUUUGAGUUUUUGGAAAUUAUAUUUUAUUGGUAUAUAAAAGGAUCAUUCUGUGCUAUUAAAAACUAAAUUACA